UUUGGUACGCGAGAAUAAAUUAAUUAGAAGUUGUUGAACGAGAUAUCACGUCUAACCUUUAAUAUCCGUCAACCUUUAAACUAGGAUGGCCGAGUAUCACGAAUCCUUUACACGGAACGUGAGAUUCCCGUAACAUCUUCACACUUAUGUCACAUAACUAAGUGAUGAGAUUCACCCAAUUAUUAUUCGCUUGUUUUGCAUAUCUUUUUCUCCCAGACACAUCAAUGUUUUACACUACAUCCCGCAAAUCAGACAAUGUCCUCAAGUGUCUUGAACCUCUAAGAUCUAUCCAGUCCUUUGAUCCAGAUGGUGUGCCAGCUACUGUCCUCAAAAAUGUGCUAACAUUUUAUGGCAUCUUCCCACUGGUAGAGUCAAUGAAUCGUAUUCCACUAAGACUUUGUCCGCUUCGUGGAUGGACAUCAAAGUUAUUCAUUUCACAAAGAAUGGCGUCUUUUCCUGUGCCUUAGUGUUCCUCGGCUAGUCGUAGAGUUGUUUUUGACAACUCAUACUGAAUCUCAGCAGCUUCCUAUUGAAGACGAACCAGUUUCACAAAGUCUGC